UAAUUUUUUUUUUUAAGAGAAUUCAGAAUCAGGCCCACCCCUGAGAUGGUAUUAUUACCCAGGAAAGAAUGCGUGAGGAUCCUCUAAAUCCAUAGAGAAGGAAAACUAAAACAAUUUUGUUACCAUUUGUUUGGCUCAAGCGUCUGGUAGAUCCUUCAGUUCUUUUCAAAUUAGAAUUUUCCUCUCUCUUUUUCUUUUUUUUUUCUUUCUUUCUUUCUUUUUUUUUUUUUUUUGAGAUGGAGUCUUACUCCAUUUCCCAGGCUGGAGUGCAGUGGCGCAAUCUCGGCUCACUGCAGCCUCACCUCCCGGGUUCAAGCAAUUCUCCGGCCUCAGUCUCCUGAGUAGCUGGGAUUACAGGUACCCGCCACUAAUUUUUGUAUUUUUGCCUGGCUAAUUUUUGUGUUUUUAGUAGAGAUGGGGUUUCGCCAUGUUGGCCAGGCUGGUCUCGAACUCCUGACCUCAGGUGAUCUGCCCACCUCAGCCUCCCGAAAUGCUGGGAUUACAGGGGUGAGCCACCGUGCCGGGCCUCUCUUUUUAAGAUAAUAAAAAUUACUAAACAUCAUAAUGACAUGAUUUGGGAUUUACUCUUUCAGAGAAACAGUUCCUGAAGGUUUACUUCAGUUAGUGAUUUUUAUUUUUAUUAUUUAUUUAUUUUUUGAGAUGGAGUCUCACUCUGUCUGCCAGGCUAGAGUGCAGAGACGAGAUCUCAGCUCACUGCAACCUCCGCCUCCCGGACUCAAGCGAUUCUCCUACCUCAGCCUCCUGAGUAGCUGGGACUAGUAGCUGGAACUACAGGCGCCCGCCACCAUGCCCGGCUAGUUUUUUCUAUUUUAGUAGUGACAGGGUUUCACCAUGUUGCCCAGGUUGGUUUUGAACUCCUGAGCUCAGGCUCAGGCAAUCUGGCUGCCUCAGCCUCCCAAUGUUCUAGGGUUACAGGCGUGAGCCACUGUGCCUGGCCCAGUUAGCGAUUUUUAAAUCGUAGUUCCUUAAAUGAGUAUUUUGGAUUUCACUCCACGGUGUUCUUCAACUGUAAGAUCUACUUGAGGUGAUUUGAUUUGCUGGUUUGCAAGAACUCGUCUACACAUCGUCUUUAUCACAAAGAAAUUCUGGAGCGCUUGAGCCCUGUUCAAAAAAAAAAGACAAGAAGAAACUUCAGGAACAAAUAACCUAUUUGACCCUGUAAUGAAUAAUAUUCACACAUUUUCUAAUUUAAGAGCUGUUGAUUGAUUUCCAACUUUUAGAAUCUGUUUCAGACAAAACAUGGAAGUUUAGUAACAGUUUUUUCUAUUCUGUAAUAAUAAUUGCCACAAGGUAAAAAAAAAAAAUUUUACAGAAGAACAUAUUUGAGGGUGGUCGUGGGGGCAAGAAAGCUGGAAGGACGGGUGGGAUGUUAAUAGCCUUGUCUUGUGAAGUAAGUCCUCAGAGACGCUGUCCUAGUUGGAAGAACAAGCAGUGAAGGUGUGUGUCUGUUACGGAGAAUAGGACUCCAGUGAUCUAGCUGGUACUUAGAGAGGUGGGGGUGAUCACCAAAAAAAACAGCUCUGCCUCUGGGAGCGGAGAGGACUGGGAUAGAAAGUAUUUGUCUUUUAUUUUAAGCCCUUCUGUACAAUUUGACUUUUCUUUUUUUUUUGAGAUGGAGUCUCGCUCUGUCACCCAGGCUGGAGUACGGUGGCACGAUCUUGGCUUACUGCAACCUCCGCCUCCCGGGUUCAAGCAAUUCUUCUGCCUCAGCCUCCCAAGUAGCUGGGACUGCAGGCACCUGCCACCAUGCCCGGCUGAUUUUUGUAUUUGUAGUAAAGACAGGAUUUCACUGUGUUGGUCAGAAGCCCUUCAGCGGCCAGUAGCAUCUGACUUUGAGCCUCAGGGUCUGAGUGAAGCCGCUCGUUGGAACUCCAAGGAAAACCUUCUCGCUGGACCCAGUGAAAAUGACCCCAACCUUUUCGUUGCACUGUAUGAUUUUGUGGCCAGUGGAGAUAACACUCUAAGCAUAACUAAAGGUGAAAAGCUCCGGGUCUUAGGCUAUAAUCACAAUGGGGAAUGGUGUGAAGCCCAAACCAAAAAUGGCCAAGGCUGGGUCCCAAGCAACUACAUCACGCCAGUCAACAGUCUGGAGAAACACUCCUGGUACCAUGGGCCUGUGUCCCGCAAUGCCGCUGAGUAUCUGCUGAGCAGCGGGAUCAACGGCAGCUUCUUGGUGCGUGAGAGUGAGAGCAGUCCUGGCCAGAGGUCCAUCUCGCUGAGAUACGAAGGGAGGGUGUACCAUUACAGGAUCAACACUGCUUCUGAUGGCAAGCUCUACGUCUCCUCCGAGAGCCGCUUCAACACCCUGGCCGAGUUGGUUCAUCAUCAUUCAACGGUGGCCGACGGGCUCAUCACCACGCUCCAUUAUCCAGCCCCAAAGCGCAACAAGCCCACUGUCUACGGUGUGUCCCCCAACUACGACAAGUGGGAGAUGGAACGCACGGACAUCACCAUGAAGCACAAGCUGGGCGGGGGCCAGUACGGGGAGGUGUACGAGGGCGUGUGGAAGAAAUACAGCCUGACGGUGGCCGUGAAGACCUUGAAGGAGGACACCAUGGAGGUGGAAGAGUUCUUGAAAGAAGCUGCAGUCAUGAAAGAGAUCAAACACCCUAACCUGGUGCAGCUCCUUGGGGUCUGCACCCGGGAGCCCCCGUUCUAUAUCAUCACUGAGUUCAUGACCUACGGGAACCUCCUGGACUACCUGAGGGAGUGCAACCGGCAGGAGGUGAACGCCGUGGUGCUGCUGUACAUGGCCACUCAGAUCUCGUCAGCCAUGGAGUACCUGGAGAAGAAAAACUUCAUCCACAGAGAUCUUGCUGCCCGAAACUGCCUGGUAGGGGAGAACCACUUGGUGAAGGUAGCUGAUUUUGGCCUGAGCAGGUUGAUGACAGGGGACACCUACACAGCCCAUGCCGGAGCCAAGUUCCCCAUCAAAUGGACUGCACCCGAGAGCCUGGCCUACAACAAGUUCUCCAUCAAGUCCGACGUCUGGGCAUUUGGAGUAUUGCUUUGGGAAAUUGCUACCUAUGGCAUGUCCCCUUACCCGGGAAUUGACCUGUCACAGGUGUAUGAGCUGUUAGAGAAGGACUACCGCAUGGAGCGCCCAGAAGGCUGCCCAGAGAAGGUCUAUGAACUCAUGCGAGCAUGUUGGCAGUGGAAUCCCUCUGACCGGCCCUCCUUUGCUGAAAUCCACCAAGCCUUUGAAACAAUGUUCCAGGAAUCCAGUAUCUCAGACGAAGUAGAAAAGGAGCUGGGGAAACAAGGCGUCCGUGGGGCUGUGAGUACCUUGCUGCAGGCCCCAGAGCUGCCCACCAAGACGAGGACCUCCAGGAGAGCUGCGGAGCAUAGAGACACCACUGACGUGCCUGAGAUGCCUCACUCCAAGGGCCAGGGAGAGAGCGAUCCUCUGGACCAUGAGCCUGCCGUGUCUCCAUUGCUCCCUCGAAAAGAGCGAGGUCCCCCGGAGGGCGGCGUGAAUGAAGAUGAGCGCCUUCUCCCCAGAGACAAAAAGACCAACUUGUUCAGCGCCUUGAUCAAGAAGAAGAAGAAGACAGCCCCAACCCCUCCCAAACGCAGCAGCUCCUUCCGGGAGAUGGACGGCCAGCCGGAGCGCAGAGGGGCCGGCGAGGAAGAGGGCCGAGACAUCAGCAACGGGGCGCUGGCUUUCACCCCCUUGGACACAGCUGACCCAGCCAAGUCCCCAAAGCCCAGCAAUGGGGCUGGGGUCCCCAAUGGAGCCCUCCGGGAGUCCGGGGGCUCAGGCUUCCGGUCUCCCCACCUGUGGAAGAAGUCCAGCACGCUGACCAGCAGCCGCCUAGCCACCGGCGAGGAGGAGGGCGGUGGCAGCUCCAGCAAGCGCUUCCUGCGCUCCUGCUCCGCCUCCUGCGUUCCCCAUGGGGCCAAGGACACGGAGUGGAGGUCAGUCACGCUGCCUCGGGACUUGCAGUCCACGGGAAGACAGUUUGACUCGUCCACAUUUGGAGGGCACAAAAGUGAGAAGCCGGCUCUGCCUCGGAAGAGGGCAGGGGAGAACAGGUCUGAUCAGGUGACCCGAGGCACAGUAACACCCCCCCCCAGGCUGGUGAAAAAGAAUGAGGAAGCUGCUGAUGAGGUCUUCAAAGACAUCAUGGAGUCCAGCCCGGGCUCCAGCCCGCCCAACCUGACUCCAAAACCCCUCCGGCGGCAGGUCACUGUGGCCCCUGCCUCGGGCCUCCCCCACAAGGAAGAAGCUGGAAAGGGCAGUGCCUUAGGGACCCCUGCUGCAGCUGAGCCAGUGACCCCCACCAGCAAAGCAGGCUCAGGUGCACCAGGGGGCACCAGCAAGGGCCCCGCCGAGGAGUCCAGAGUGAGGAGGCACAAGCACUCCUCUGAGUCGCCAGGGAGGGACAAGGGGAAAUUGUCCAGGCUCAAACCUGCCCCGCCGCCCCCACCAGCAGCCUCUGCAGGGAAGGCUGGAGGAAAGCCCUCGCAGAGCCCGAGCCAGGAGGCGGCCGGGGAGGCAGUCCUGGGCUCAAAGACAAAAGCCACGAGUCUGGUUGAUGCUGUGAACAGUGACGCUGCCAAGCCCAGCCAGCCGGGAGAGGGCCUCAAAAAGCCUGUGCUCCCGGCCACUCCAAAGCCACAGUCCGCCAAGCCGUCGGGGACCCCCAUCAGCCCAGCCCCCGUUCCCUCCACGUUGCCAUCAGCAUCCUCGGCCCUGGCAGGGGACCAGCCGUCUUCCACCGCCUUCAUCCCUCUCAUAUCAACCCGAGUGUCUCUUCGGAAAACCCGCCAGCCUCCAGAGCGGAUCGCCAGCGGCACCAUCACCAAGGGCGUGGUCCUGGACAGCACCGAGGCGCUGUGCCUGGCCAUCUCUAGGAACUCCGAGCAGAUGGCCAGCCACAGCGCAGUGCUGGAGGCCGGCAAAAACCUCUACACAUUCUGCGUGAGCUACGUGGAUUCCAUCCAGCAAAUGAGGAACAAGUUUGCCUUCCGAGAGGCCAUCAACAAACUGGAGAAUAAUCUCCGGGAGCUUCAGAUCUGCCCGGCGACAGCAGGCAGUGGUCCGGCGGCCACUCAGGACUUCAGCAAGCUCCUCAGUUCAGUGAAGGAAAUCAGUGACAUAGUGCAGAGGUAGCAGCAGUCAGGGGUCAGGUGUCAGGCCCGCCGGAGCUGCCUGCAGCACAGGCGGGCUCGGCCAUACCCGUGACAGUGGCUGACAAGGGACUAGUGAGUCAGCACCUUGGCCCAGGAGCUCUGCGCCAGGCAGAGCUGAGGGCCCUGUGGAGUCCAGCUCUACUACCUACGUUUGCACCGCCUGCCCUCCCGCACCUUCCUCCUCCCCGCCCGGGCUCCCUGCUCCGUCUCUGUCCUCGAGUUUUAUCUGUGGAGUUCCUGCUCCGUGGACUGCAGUCGGCAUGCCAGGACCCGCCAGCCCCGCUCCCACCUAGUGCUCCAGACUGAGCUCUCCAGGCCAGGUGGGAACGGCUGAUGUGGACUGUCUUUUUCAUUUUUUUCUCUCUGGAGCCCCUCCUCCCCUGGCUGGGCCUUCUUCUUCCACUUCUCCAAGAAUGGAAGCCUGAACUGAGGCCUUGUGCGUCAGGCCCUCUGCCUGCACUCCCUGGCCUUGCCCGUCCUGUGCUGAAGACAUGUUUCAAGAACCACAUUUCGGGAAGGGCAUGCACGGGCAUGCACACGGCUGGUCACUCUGCCCUCUGCUGCUGCCCGGGGCGGGGUGCACUUGCCAUUUCCUCACGUGCAGGACAGCUCUUGAUUUGGGUGGAAAACAGGGUGCUAAAGCCAACCAGCCUUUGGGUCCUGGGCAGGUGGGAGCUGAAAAGGAUCGAGGCACGGGGCAUGUCCUUUCCAUCUGUCCACAUCCCCAGAGCCCAGUUCUUGCUCUCUUGUGACGUGCACUGUGAAUCCUGGCAAGAAAGCUUGAGUCUCGAGGGUGGCAGGUCACUGUCACUGCCGACAUCCCUCCCCCAGCAGAAUGGAGGCAGGGGACAAGGGAGGCAGUGGCUAGUGGGGUGAACAGCUGGUGCCAAAUAGCCCCAGACUGGGCCCAGGCAGGUCUGCAAGGGCCCAGAGUGAACCUUCCUUUCACACAUCUGGGUGCCCUGAAAGGGCCCUUCCCCUCCCCCGCUCCUCUAAGACAAAGUAGAUUCUUACAAGGCCCUUUCCUUUGGAACAAGACAGUCUUCACUUUUCUGAGUUCUUGAAGCAUUUCAAAGCCCUGCCUCUGUGUAGCCGCCCUGAGAGAGAAGAGCUGCCACUGGGCACCUGCGCACAGGUGGGAGGAAAGGGCCUGGCCAGUCCUGGUCCUGGCUGCACUCUUGAACUGGGCGAAUGUCUUAUUUAAUUACCGUGAGUGACAUAGCCUCAUGUUCUGUGGGGGUCAUCAGGGAGGGUUAGGAAAACCACAAACGGAGCCCCUGAAAGCCUCGCGUAUUUCACAGAGCACGCCUGCCAUCUUCUCCCCGAGGCUGCCCCAGGCCGGAGCCCAGGUACGGGGGCUGUGACUCUGGGCAGGGACCCGGGGUCUCCUGGACCUUGACAGAGCAGCUCACUCCGAGAGCAGUGGGUAGGUGGCCGCCCCUGAGGCUUCACGCCGGGAGAAGCCACCUUCCCGCCCCCUCAUACCGCCUCGUGCCAGCAGCCUCGCACAGGCCCUAGCUUUACGCUCAUCACCUAAACUUGUACUUUAUUUUUCUGAUAGAAAUGGUUUCCUCUGGAUCGUUUUUUGCGGUUCUUACAGCACAUCACCUCUUUGCCCCCGACGGCUGUGACGCAGCCAGAGGGAGGCAUUAGUCACCGACAGCGGCCUUGAAGACAGAGCAAAGCGCCCACCCAGGUCCCCCGACUGCCUGUCUCCAUGAGGUACUGGUCCCUUCCUUUUGUUAACGUGAUGUGCCACUAUAUUUUACACGUAUCUCUUGGUAUGCAUCUUUUAUAGACGCUCUUUUCUAAGUGGCGUGUGCAUAGCGUCCUGCCCUGCUCCCUCGGGGCCUGUGGUGGCUCCCCCUCUGCUUCUCGGGGUCCAGUGCAUUUUGUUUCUGUAUAUGAUUCUCUGUGUUUUUUUUGAAUCCAAAUCUGUCCUCUGUAGUAUUUUUUAAAUAAAUCAGUGUUUACAUUAGAA